CUGUAGCAUGCUAACGUGCUAGCUAGUCAGACCAGGCUAAGUUUAGCCAAAUAUCAGUUGAAGUAAAGCGGCUGACGGGGGCAAAACACUCACGAUAACAGUGACACAGAUACUUUCUUUUCUAUCAAACAGCGUAACGUUAAAUGGGGAACGUGUGAUUAAGCCAUUGGGAAUGAUAUCAUGGUCAGAUUGGGCUUAAAAGAGACAGUGAACUGUUUCAAGUUACAAUUUAAUUUCAGCGAUAGCAUGAGCUUGACUUUGUUUUUAUUUGUCAUGACUGUCUAAAUGCCAGCUUUAGCACACCCUGCUCCGUAGUCCACUGGAAUAUGUUUAGAUGUUGUGAGUGUUGAUAGUGGUAAAUGUAGAGGAAAUAAUUGGGCGUUGUUGUAUUAUUUAGGGCAGUGUAUUAUCCGUUUUAAGGCUUUUUACCGCAGUGACAGCAUUUUUAAAAACAUAAUGAAAGCACACGCAGGCUUCCUGGAGUCAUAACUCUCAUUGUUAUGUUCAGGCGUGGGUUGUGGAAGACCAGUGAGCUCAACAUCAGCUGUCAAAGGCAGCGGUUAUCAGUGUCAGUCAUCCUGCCCACUCUCACACAUACAGUGCACAUACUACCUAAUGAUUCAGCUUCCAGAUCUUCAUGUUCAGACACAUAGUUGACAUUUCCUUUAGAGACAUCCCUUUGUCUUCUAUCCCUGUUGUGUCUUGUAACUUGUUAAGCCUCUUGGCACUGGAGGAAACUGAAAGGGCAAGCCCUCAGACUGAGCAGCAUAAUGAGAAGUGAAGUGUCUUGAGGUCAAAAUCUUUGUUAUGAUUAUGCUGUAGUCAUACCAUCAUUUUUCCACGACAAAAACACUUGCUACUUCCCACUUAAUUCUUCCUCCUCUUUGUGGGAGGGGAAGUUUUGGGACGGAAAUGAAGUGAUAGCCUGGUACUCAGAGGGCUUGUUGUGGCAAGGAAAUGUUUUUUUUCUUUUGCCAGUCAUAUGAACUAAUCCAAAAUCUACAAAAAAUCCUCUCAAAACAUGUUAUCACUAAUGAUAUGUUGCCUAGUUAUGGUUCUUGUGGCGACAAAUUAAAAAUAGAUUCAUAAUGUAUGUUUUCAAAUGUUUUUUUGAAAAGUCAUAUAUCCUUAGGUGGAGAAAAAUUAUUUACUUUUUUUCUGUUCAUUUCAAUGCUGAUCAGUGUUGUCACUGAGUAAUAUUAUAAUGACUUCUUUUUGUUAGUCUGUAGGACUGUGUUGGUGCAAGAAUGAACUUGUAAUGUUGAUGUCUUGUUGGCAAGGUUUAAGACUUACUGGUCAUUUAGGGCUCACUGCCACCAGUGCAUACAGUUCUUGUUUGUGCCACUUGGUGGUGAUAGUGAAUAGUGUUUAACCCAGAUGUAUUUUUAUUUUCACUGUAAGGAGCAUUAUAUUUUUAUGUAGGUUCAAGUGAAAUCUCUGACUCUCUGAUAACAUGACGAAGUCUGGUAAUUGUCAAAGAUAUCUGGAGAUUCUGGGGAAAUUUACAGCUGAUUUACCUGACAGGAAUAUAGCAGGAUGUAGACUGUCUUGACUCAAACAUACAUUACAUGUGUUUAUUUUCAGCCCAGCUGGAGCGGUAAUCUCUCAAAAUAGACGAACAGUAGAAGUAAAAUCUUUGACGGUGAGGCUUCUAUGUCAAACGGCGCCUUUACAAAUGCUGACAAUUCAACAACAGCGAAGAAGAAUUUAAUGUAAUGGAGGUUCUGCAGAGUAUUUCUUGAAAUGCAAGUCAUACAGUUUUACAUUGAGGCCACUGUGGGAAACUUGAGCAUUGUGUUUGUGUAUGAGGCAAAACAGGUUGCUUAAUGUAUAUGAACAUUCAAAUUUUGACUGCUUGCUUCACUGUGAAUAGCUCUUCAUAAACGUUCAGGUGUGGUAAUGAUUUGUAUGAUUGAAUUUUCAUUCUUAUACCCAGUUGUUUUACACUAAAUUCGGUUAAAACAAAACAACAUGAAAGCAGCUGCUUGUACUAGUUGUGUUUUCCUUGUCUCAUCAUGCUCCACACAACAACAUGACUCCUCUCACACUCGGUCUAAGUUUUCCUACAUUGUCCUGAGUUGAAUAAAGUUUGAAAGGCCAUAUACACUUGUUGUCAUUCAGGCCAUCACGGCACAAAGAAAGCAUAAUUUGUUUCGUUGCAAACAGACUUCCACCAAAAAAGGCACCUGUACAUCUUAAGGCCAUUCACUGGGGUCAGCUACAGUAGCUCAUGUCUCACAUUUCACUAGUAAAAGCCAUACAAUGUUAAUGCACCUGUCUUCUGGAGCUACGUGCUGUUAAAUAAUGCACUGGUCAUAGGUUGUGCAAUUCUGUGGGGUCUAAAGUCCGUGGGAUCAGAUGUCAGCACAUCAGGCAGGAAACGAAUUGUACGUAGGAUGUAAGAUUCAAAUGCAACUUUCUCACCUCUGCUGCAUUUGUGAUGUUUUGUCAACAUAGGUUUGACUUGCUUCUGGUAAAGAUUAUUGCAAAUGUGAGCUCUGUGGUAAGAAUGUACACAGUCUUAUGUCUGUGGUUUAGCAGUGAUGUGUAUUGUGUAUGAACCUUCAGUGGCAGAGCUGGGUCUUGAGUGAGUGAGUUAGUGAGUGAAGGAAACAAUCAUCAAAUCACAAUAAAAUCAAAUGAUGUGGUGUGCUGCACAGACGCCCUUUUUGUCUUUGCAGCAAUGUUCAAAAUAACGAGAAGUCCGCUGCAGCUUUUUUAAGAGUUUCGAUAUUCAAAGCACCAACGCACGUGUCAUCACAGGAAGUCGUGGCUGGUCCCCUUCCUGUUCUUGCACGGGUGUAAAGAGACAGACACCCUUUCCUUCUCUUCCUUUGUGAGGGGUCACACCCCCCACACACACACAAACACUUAGCCUUUGUUUGAUCCUGUAUGUCUCUCACCAGUUGGCAACUGUCACUCUGUGUGAGUGGAGGCAACAGGUGACUAGUUUAGACAGUGUGAGCGGAGCAGCAUCCGCAGUCAAGCUGCAUGCGUGUUGUCGAAUAGACGUGUCUUCUAGCGUGUGGUUUCAUGGAGAACGAGCCUGGCAUCGUGUCUCCAUUCAAGCGAGUCUUCCUGAAAGGAGAGAAGGGGAGGGACAAGAAGGCCCAGGAGAAGGCCACCGAGCGUAGGGCCCUCCACACCUUCUCACUCUCUCAGCCUGACCACCGCAUCGACCCUGACAUCCUGCUUAACGACUACAUUGAAAAGGAAGUUAAAUACUUGGGGCAGCUGACAUCAGUUCCAGGAUACUUGAACCCAUCAAGUCGGACGGAAGUCCUCCAGCUCAUUGACAAUGCAAGGAAGUCACAUCAGUUGGCAGGCCAGCUGACAUCAGAGCAGGACGCAGUGGUGAGCUUGUCGGCGUACAACAUCAAGCUCGUGUGGCGCGACGGAGAGGACAUCAUCCUGAGAGUGCCCAUCCAUGAUAUUGCUGCUGUGUCCUACAUCAGGGAUGACUCGUUGCACCUCGUGGUGAUCAAAACAGCCCAGGAGUCAGGAGGCUCUCCCUGCCCCAGCUCGUGUCCCGAUCUCAACAAAUCUCAGACCCUGAGCUCCUUAUCAGAAAGUGGAGCUGUGCUUGUGGAAGUCUGCUGUCUGCUUGUGUUGGCAGUUGAUAAUAAGGCAGCAGCAGAGGAGCUGUGUCUUUUGCUCAGCCAGGUCUUUCAGAUUGUUUACACAGAAUCAACCAUCGACUUCUUGGACAGAGCCAUUUUUGAUGGGGCAACUACACCCACCAGACACCUUUCUCUAUACAGCGAUGACUCUUCAAGCAAAGUGGAUGUUAAGGAGGCAUUUGAAGCAGACGCCAGCACAUUUCCUUUCCAGGUUUCAAUGGAGGCAGACGGGAACUCCCCAUCAGCCUCCACCCCAGCUUCACCUCAGACGAAGACCGCGAGUGAAGGAGAGCUCAGUACCACAGCUGCAGAGCUGCUUCAGGACUACAUGACCACACUGCGGACAAAGCUGUCAUCCCAGGAGAUCCAGCAGUUUGCUACUCUGCUCCAUGAAUACCGGAACGGUUCCUCCAUCCAUGAGUUCUGUAUUAACCUUCGACAACUCUAUGGGGACAGCAGGAAGUUCCUUCUACUCGGCCUGCGACCCUUCAUACCAGAGAAGGACAGCCAGCACUUUGAGAAUUUCCUCGAGACCAUCGGCGUCAAAGACGGCCGAGGUAUCAUCACCGACAGCUUCGGCCGUUACCGACGUACGGCCAGCUCCGCCUCCGAUUCCACCACCAACGGCAACGGAGCAGCAGGAGGAAGCGGCGACAGCGCGGCCUCGGACGAGGGCCAGGAGGCCUCCGAGGGUGACGAAUGGGACCGUAUGAUCACCGAUAUCAGUAAUGACAUUGAAGCCCUUGGCUGCAGUAUGGACCAGGAGGGAGUGACUCCCUGACGUGGUGAACAAAGGGGAGGACGUGAACUGAAAGCCACUCCUCACAUUAACGGUUGUGGACAUGAGCUGAAUGGAUCAGAUGAAGGUGAUCCUUAGCACUGAAAUAAGAUUUGGUUAAUUGUAUUUUCCUCUAAUUGUCAAGAGGAUGCUUCAUAGUCCCCUAAGCUCUCAAGGAACCUAUUCCCACGAACACAUGAAGUCAACAAAUGCACUUAUGCAGACCUUGUAGAUGACAUGCAGUCAGUUGGCUAUUUUUGCAUUUGCCUCUGAUUAUAUUUUUAAGAUUUCUUUGGUUUUGUACUCAUUUAUUGGCAGUAUCUGCCACUGCUGUCAGCAAUGUAGCGAAAAUCUUUGAGACUGUUUUUAGAAGGUUAAGACUGAGGCUGUACUGGUUUUUGCUUUUGUAUUAUUAUUAUUAAUUAUUAUUAUUAUUACAGGUCAAUCAGCUUCAUCCACCAGGAGAAAUUUAGUUUUCUUCAUUUAUUUCACAUUCAUGUGUUGCUGUGAGAGUGUAACAUUUUGCUAUAUAUAGUUUUGUUUUUCAGUAAGAUUUGUGUACCACUUUGUUUUACACUAUCAUUUAUCAGUGUUUACUCAUUUAUAUAUAUUUUUUUGCCUUAUUCAAACUGACCAAGGAAAUGCUGUAAAACAAAACAAAAAAAAAUUCUCAUUCAAUUGAAGUGAUUGAGUGGGGACUGUAUUUGACAAAGCCAGUUAGCUGAUGGCUGAUGUAACAUUGUGAUGUUUUUUUUUUGUUCUACUCAUGCAGUUCAUCUUGUUCUGUCUCGUGACAUUACAUGUAUCUGUCAUUGUGCCUUUACACUGCAGUACUGCUGCCAACUGUCUGUCACACACAGACACGGAAUUAUGAACUGUAACUACAGUUGUCGAGCAAAUGGUUAUUAAAUAACAGCUACUUUA